AUGAGAGAGAGCCCCAUCGGAAGAGCAACCACAUCUUCUACACAUUGGAAGUUUCAAGACAUGUCGACGACGAUGGAAGCGAUUGUCAUCCCUAGGUUCGGCGGCCCGGAAGUCCUAGAACAUCAACAAGUGACCAAGGCCAAGGCUGUCGAUGGUGAAGUCCUUAUCGAAGUGAAAGCGUUUGGGCUUAACCACGCUGAGAUGCACAUGCGCAAGGGUGAAUGGGAUGAAUGGAAUCCCAUUACCGGACUGGAAUGCGUCGGAACAGUAGAAGCCUGUCCAGGAGGCGAGUUCUCUGUUGGAUCCAAGGUCAUUGGCGUCAUGGGUGGGAUGGGGCGGAAUCGACCGGGCUCGUACGGCGAGUUUGUCAGUGUCCCUGCCACCAACGUGGUUCAGAUCGAGACAAAGCUACCAUGGGAAGAGCUCGCUGCAAUUCCUGAAGUAUAUUCCACCGCCUAUUCCUGCCUCUUCGCAGUUCUGGACCUUCAGCCCGGCGAGUCUAUAUUGAUCGGCGGGGCAACCUCAACCGUCGGUCAAGCAGCUGUCAAUCUGGCUGUCAAUGCUGGGGCCAAGGUGACAGCAACGACACGAAGAGAGGGAAGAUUUGAGAUGUUAAAGAAGAUGGGCGUUGCCGAUGCGAAAAUCGAGCAGGUUGGCCUGGCGAGUCAAUUUCCUGCCGGAACCAGGUUCAGCAAAGUACUCAAUCUGAUCGGCAACAGCGUACUGCUGGAAUCAAUUGGUCUCACUCGUGCUGGCGGCCGGAUGCUCCAGGCUGGAUGGUUGGGAGGACUGGCACCAGUGAAGGACUUCAACCCAAUGGUACAGAUGGACUCUGGCGUGCAUUUCAGCUUGUUCCACAGCAAGGUCUUGGGAAGUGCAGACUUUCCACUUUCCAAUGUUCCGCUCCAGGAUAUUGUGCGAAAGAUUGAAGACGGAGCAUGGGAUGCGAAGCCGACUUAUGUUUUCGAUUGGAAGGACAUUCAGAAAGCUCAUGAGACGCUUGACUCUCACAACGCGGGCGGCAAGAUCGUUGUGAAGCACUGA